AUGAGUUCUACGAGGUCUCUUAUUCCUCCUAAGUUAUCUGUUUCUGGAAUAACAGGCAGCUCUGCGGCCUUUGCCCAACUUGGUGACCUUUACAAAAAAUUACCCAAGGGACCCUUGGUUGAAAGUAUACCUCCUACGAUGCCUAGAUUAUUAGGAAGAUACUGGUUUAGAUACAUUCGAACUAGUUCACCUGUUCCUAUUUUGCAUCUUAUGUUGGGUCUUGGUUUUCUUGGUUAUGCGCUUGAUUAUGAACUUCAUUUAACUUCUGAGGAAAAGAAAAUGAAAAAAAUUAAAGUCAUGAGUUUAUUAUUAUGGUCGGUAAACAAUCUUUCAUGUCUUUCUUUUCUAAGUCAGGAGUUGCACAACCUUGGAAGGUGUUGUCCCUACUUUGAGAAUGAAUCACAUGGAGUAAAGGAAUUCUGGGAGCAUGUUGGGCUUGAAAGAAAAGUGUAG